AUGGCAUCUUCAGUGACAGUGACAAAAACAAAUCGACCGCGAGAAGACAUUAAAAUCCUCUUUGACCAUGAGCUAGCCAAUGCACCCGGAAAGUCGAUCAUCGGUAUCCAUCUUGAUUACCCCCCCGAAGGUUUCACUCCUCCACAUCGGCAUGGCGGUGCCACCGUUGUCGCCUACGUUCUUGAAGGCGAACUUCUGAGUGGCAUGAACGGUAAUCCCCCCAAAGUGUACACUCCUGGGGAAAGCUUUGUGGAGCUUCCUGGCUGCCAUCAUACCGUGGGAGAAAAUACCAGCAAAACUACGUCGACACAAGCUAUUGCUAUUUUUGUAGUGGAUACUGACGUAGUGAAGACUGGCGGUUACGAGGCCUUGACAGUGCUUGACGAGGGCUGGUAA